GAGGCGCCCUUCACUCUCCGGGGCCUCAGAGCUGCAGGGAGGCGCGGAAAGGCGGACCUGGAGGCGCCAUGAGCCCGGCGGCGGAGACGCGACGGCAGCCACCACCUCCGUCUCCGUCGCUACUGCUCCUUCUCCUGCUGCUGCUCCUCUCGUCCCCUUCAGGAGGAGAGGCGGACCCGGAUGCCACAAGUGCUUUACCUUCUGACGUGUGCGCCACUUGCCAUGCUAAUGCCACAUGCCAGCAGCGAGAUGGCAAAAACGUCUGCACCUGUAAUUAUGGAUUUGUGGGUAAUGGGAGGACUUACUGUCAAGACAAAAACGAAUGCGAUAUUGGGGCAAGCAAGAUUUGUGGAGAGCAUGCUUCAUGCCAUAAUACGCAAGGAAGCUUUUAUUGCAUUUGUCUAGAAGGCUUCCAGGCUUCCAGUAAAAACAAGAUAUUUAUUCCCAAUGAUGGCACAAAAUGUAUAGAUCUUGAUGAAUGUGGAAUCUCAGGCAUCUGUGGCCUUGGAGGACGAUGUGUGAAUACAUUAGGAAGCUAUGAGUGCUACUGUGUUGAAGGAUACCGAACAGAAAAUGGAGUGGAACCGUUUCAUUCACGUACAGCGAAUACUUCGUGCAAAGUUGUGGACUGUGGGCUCCCACCUUCCGUUCCAAAUGCAUAUUCUGCAGUCAACAAAACAACCUAUGGAAACAAAGUUGUUUAUAAUUGCCAGCCUGGUUAUGUCAUCGAAAGUGGAAAUUCCACUGCAGUUUGCAGUUCCAGUGGACAAUGGAAGGAAGCUGAUUUUGUAUGCAAAGAAAUCGAUUGUGGAAAACCACAGUGGUUUCCAAAUAAUACAGAUAUUAUCUGGGAUAACAGAACAACUUUAGGAAGCACGAUAUACUACAAAUGUAGGGAAGGAUUUCAGUCUUUUGGAGAGCAUAAUUUUUCACAAUGUACAACAUCUCAGAAGUGGGGAAACGUCACUUUUGAAUGCAAAGAAAUAACCUGUGGCGAACCUCCUGCCAUACAUCACUCCGACAUGAUAUGGAAUGGGAUAUCAAAGCCGGGAAGCCUUGUGGAAUACAAAUGUGCCAAAGGCUUCUACAACACGAGCAUGAAAAAACAUUCAUUCUGUACCAAAAAUGGAUCGUGGGAAAUCUUGGAUCUAAGGUGUGAAAAAGCGCAAGACUUUGUCGGUAUUGCACUGAAUAACUCUUGUUUGACGUGGAGGAGGCUUAAUGGAAAUACAGCAGCCAACGAGACUUAUCAACUCACAAUGAGGAUGCUAGGGAACGAAUCAAAGAAAACUGAGGCUGAAUCAAAGAUUAGCUAUACCACAGCCGAGGAGGCUAUAAAGAUAUGCUUGGAGCUACGUCAGGAUGCAAACUACAGUGUGGAAGUAACCACAGGGUCCACCAAUUUGGCUUUAAAAGUCCGAAUAAUGCACCCAGUAGUUGAAAAGAAAGCUGCAUUCAGCAACAUCUCCAUAUUUAAUGACACCUGUAUUAAAUGGCAAAGAGAAUCAUCAUCUGAGGAAAACUAUGUACUUCAGAUACAGGGCCUACGGUGGUAUCAGAAACAAUUCCGUGAUAACAUGACCUAUAACUUCACCACAAGUUCUCGGGCUCCGGAAGUGUGCCUUGACUUACUGCCGGGCAGCAAUUACACCGUUAACAUCUCCGCAACAGAUUUCAACCACAGUGCUCUCGUCUACAUGAGAACCCCCAUCACUGACCCGCCAUCUCCGGAAGUAGACUUCGUAUCGGUACAAGGUUCUGCACCAUUAUUCAGCCUGAGGAAGGCAGAAGACAGAAAUGGUCCAAUAAGUUCGUACCAAGUGAUUGUCAUUCCCUGGAGCCUACAGUGCAACUUUAAUUGUUACUCCUUGACUAGACUAGACUAUUUCAGCAAAGGCACUGACUCAGAAGGCUAUGUGGCAGCCGAGAUCCCAGCCAAGGUCGUUGCUGACAACAUGCUGGUCUUUGCCCUCGGAGACAGACUUUACUAUGGGGAUUUUUACAAUGCUCCCCUGAAACAAGGAAAAGAUUAUUGUGUUAUACUGAGGACAAUCAGUAAAUGGAAUGGGGUGAAAAAGCAAUCCUGUGUAGUCUGGGCUCAAAUUAAAGAUUUAUCAUCCCCGCCACAGCGCCUGACUAUUGUUUUAUUGGGGUCAGUUGCUGCUCUCUGCUCCAUCCUGUUACUGUUGCUCUCUGUGGCAUGCACGACACAGCACAUAUCUCCAUCUUCGCUGCCCAGAAAAGCAUUUUCCAACGAUACUGGACAUUUAUCAAUCACUGUCGAUAUUGCCAGGAAGAACAUUGCAUCGUCUUCUUCUCCCAUGCUUCAGACCGUCUCUCUUCUCUAAUGUGCACAUCCACCAAUAACCUGUAAAGAGAGAAUCCU